GGCAACUUCUUCGCCCACUUCCCCCGAGCCCUCCUGGGCCUGCCUGACCUCCGCAGCCUCCAGCUGGGUGACAACCGCCUGGCCCGCCUGCCCGCCGGGCUGCCCCGCAUGGCCGGCCUGCGAGGGCUCUGGCUCUACGGGAACCGCUUCGAGGACUUCCCCCCGGCUCUGCUGCGCAUGGACCACCUCCGCGUCCUCGACCUGGACCGCAACCGCAUCGCUUGCUUCCCCGACCUGGCCUGCCUCUCCGCCCUGCGCCUCCUCUCCUACGACCACAACCCCGUCCGGCAGCCACCCUGCGUGGGCGAUGCUGUCUGGCUGGUGGGUGACGGGGCGCAGGAUUUCAUGGAGGCACGGCAGGGGGCGCGC